UUAAUUUAUUAGCAUAAAUUUUAACUAAAAUCAAAAAUUUUAAAGCUUUAAUUCCAUGAACGUAACAAGCAUGCUGUUUGUCGUAAUUUGUAAUAAUAUUCAGAAAAUUAUGAACUGUAGCAAAUAUAGCAAAUAAGCGUCUGUAUUCAUUGAGAUAAGCGAUUAGAGCGACAUUUGACCAGCAUAACCUUCAAAUCAAAGCUUUUGCCUACAUUACUUGCAAUACCAUUAGUAACUAACUAGAAUUGAAUUUCCCUUCUUUAAACUUCAAAUUCUAAUUGCAGAAUUAACCAAUUAAAACAACUUGAAUCUAAUAUUUUUAACAUUAUCGGUUAUUUUAGUCUGUAAUAAGUUAUCGGUAAGAAUAUGUGAGCAGCAUAAUAUUGCCCAAGGAAGAAAACUUAAGCCUUCAAAUACGAAACUUAACGUAGCCUAUCUUCGAAAGUGCUAGAAUAUUCUGUUAUUUAAUAUUAAUCAAAUAGAAUUUGUAUUGAGACGAUAGCUGAAAGACUAGAACUCUGAAAAAUAUAACAUUUAUUAGAAAUGUCUGAUGAUAAAACUCUACUAUAUUGUUAUAAUCGAGGCUGUGGUCAAAAAUUCGAUCCUAACGACAACAAAGAAGAUAUUUGUCAGCAUCAUCCUGGACAUCCAGUUUUUCAUGAUGCAUAUAAAGGAUGGUCUUGUUGUAAUAAAAAAUGCACUGAUUUUUCAGAAUUUUUGAAUAUUAAAGGAUGUACUAAAUCGUUUCAUUCUAAUGUAAAGCCAUUAGAACCAUCUAAACCAGUUGUAGAUAAAUUAAAAGAUAAUGAAGUAAUAGAGUAUAUUCCACCAUCGUUAAAUAGUAUUCCAGCAAUAGAACGACCACCUUUUAAUUCUCCACAAGUUAUACUAAAACCAACUAUUUCCCCAAGUCUUUUAGAACAGAUUAAAGGAAUCACAGUCAUGGAUAAUCAUAAUAAUGAUGAAAACAAAAUAGUUUUAGGUCAAAAUUGUAAAAAUAAAUCUUGUAAAGCUGUUUAUAAAGGUUUGCCUUCUGAUGAAGAAGAUUGUACAUACCAUCCUGGUGUUCCCAUUUUUCAUGAAGGAUUAAAAUAUUGGUCCUGUUGUCGAAAAAAAACUACUGAUUUUUCUGUAUUUUUAGAACAACCAGGUUGUACAAAAGGUAGUCAUUUGUGGGUGCAAAAGGAUGCAAAAAAUAAAAAAAUCAAGUGUAGAGUAGAUUGGCAUCAAACUGGAACACAUGUAAUAAUAUCAAUUUAUGCUAAGAAGUAUGAUCCAACUGCAUCAUACGUGAAAUUAAAUCCAAUUCAUUUAACAGUAGAUUUAUAUUUUCCAGAAGAAAAUUCUAACUACAACUUUGAUAUUGAAUUGAAAGGCAUUGUUGAUGUAGAAGCCAGCUUCAUAAACAUGUUACCAACAAAAGUUGAAAUUAACUUGAGAAAAAAGGAACCUGGCUCUUGGAGUAAAUUGGACAUUCCACAUCAAACUCAAGAUGAGGUGUUGGAAGAGCCUACUACAGAAGACAACAUAUCUUGUCAAAUAGAUGCUGUUGAUCUUAGUGAUAUAUAGGAAUUUAAUGUGAAACACUUAUCUUAAAAUUAUAACAAAAACUGAUGUGCUUUAAAAAUCUAAAAAAUUUUUAUUUAUAUUUUGAAAUACUUAAAAGAGAAAAAAUAUCACUUUUCGAAAAUUAAAAAAAUUUCUAUUAUUGAAAAAUUAUUAUUAAAAUUUAUUUAAUUUCUUAAAAUCGAAUAUAAACAAUCUAGGUAUCACUUUACAACUUAACAAAUAGAAAUUUUGUAAAUUUUCAAGUGAUAUUUUUCCAUUUUUAGGUAUUUCAAAAAUAUAAAUAAAAAUUUUUUAUUUCUUUAAAAUGUUAAUUUUUCUUUCUUCUAUUCAUAUAAACGUGUAAAAACAAUUCUGUACUGGUUUGUUUUCUUUAAGCAUCUACUGUACCGACAAGUAUAUCAUACCUUGGAAUAAAUCGCA